AUGGUUGGUGCCUUCGUUACAGUUGAGUGUGUUCUAUUGGAUGGGCACUCUUACACGGUGAUACUUAGUCGACGUAAUGGUAAAGUAGAUUUUAAUAGAAGUUAUGGUGAAUAUGAAAGUGGCUUCGGAUCACCGAACACUGAAAUGUGGCUAGGGAACAAAUACAUUCAUUUCCUUACAAGUUAUCGAUGGUCAAUUUUGAGAAUUGAGUUAACAUACUCCAAUUCUAGUGUUGUAGAUGUUGAGUAUGGGCAUAUUCAGGUUCUACAUCCCCGCUAUAAUUAUUAUCUCCACAUUCAUGAUUUUUCUGGAAAUACAAGUGACAUGAUGUCAUAUUUAGAUGGACGACGCUUUGGAGCAAAUGACUACGAUUCUGGACGAUGUGGCUGUCCGAUCUUGGCGUCUGGUGGAUGGUGGUGUGAGCACUCCUGUAAUACCACGUGUAGUUUGACGUCACCUUACAACGGCAGUCCUUAUUAUUUUGGAUGGGACUGUGCUUCUGAAGUCGAAGCUAAUGCACGCCUUGUUGCAAGUGUUUAUGUUAUCAAGCAGAACUUUGCCUUUAAAGGUUAUGUACAACAUGACACUGAUGCACAUGUGAUAAAAGAAUUAUCCCCAGCAGACGGAGAGAACCUAAGGGGAUUCUGUCCCAGGGUCUGUGUCCACGAAAAGUCUUGCACUGGAUUCGAUAUUUGUCAGGUUGAACCAGAAGGAAAAUGCAGACUCUCUAAUGGAGGAGUAACAGCACCGGGAAACAUUUUUACACAAUGUGGCCACUAUGAAAAGAUUGAUCAAAUCAAAUUAAUCUGCGAUCCACUAUCGUCAGUGAUGGCCUGCCUUGAACAUGGUACUGUUUUAGAUGUGACAAACGAUAUUGCACCCGAGUUAACCACGAGUGAGACGAUAAUAACUUCUGGUGGAGUGGUGCUUGCUUCUUACUUAAAUUGUUCCAGCUGCGAAUGUGUCUCGAGUUAUACAGAUGUCAGUGGUGUGUACGAAAUACAGAUAUCUUCUAGUGAGAAUCUUACUGUGGAGUGUGUAAUGAUGGAGGGACACGGCUACAUAGUAGUCUUACAGAGACACGACGGACGUGUGAAUUUUAAUCGAACAUUUUCAGAGUAUGAGAAUGGUUUCGGUUCACCUUUUACGGAGAUGUGGCUGGGAAACAAAUAUCUAUCCGCACUUACGUCAUCUUGGGUCUCAGGAAUUAGGAUUGAGUUAACAUAUUCUGACUCCACCCACCGGUAUGUCGAGUACAGUGACGUCAUUGUCAGAGGGGCCAGUCAGCUGUUUCAGCUUAGUUCACUGACGGGAUAUUCCGGAAAUGCAAGUGACAUGUUAAUGGGAUUUAAAGGAUUCAGUUUUGGAGCCUAUGACUUUGACCCUCAGUCCUGUGAUUGUCAAGCUGUGAAGUAUGGCGGAUGGUGGCAUAACUGUUGUAAUACAACAUGUACCCUCACGUCACCUUAUAACGACCCCUGGUAUCCGUUUGGUUGGGACUGUGAAUCCGAAACCAGUAAUAGACUAAUGAGUGCAAAAAUAAUGGUGAGAGGAGGCAGCUCUCUGUUCGGAUGAAACUACAGUUACAGCGUGUGAUUACAAU